UUUAUUUCCCCAGACUUUAAAUAGAUGAUUUAAAAGACACCCUGUGUCUUUUAACACCGCCUUUCUAGUGUGGUCUGAUUGGCCGGUAUCCGUCAAUGAAUUCCGGGAAAGUUUACUGCUAACACGUGGGGAAUGAGUUACAAUCCGGGAUUGAUUUGAAUGUGCUGUUAGGAAGAGAGUUCGAGAGUUUUGACCCUGCAACAGGGAUGAAUGGCAAUGUUUCUUUGCACAUCAAUUGGAAAGGACAGUACAAGUCUACUAUUUCUAUUUCCAUCCUUGCAUCUUUUCUGAGGCAGCCGAAGAUCAAAUUAUACGGACCAGCCUACAAUCUGGGGUUUCAAGAUCCCAAGCUUCCCUUGUUUUGUUUGAUGGAGUUUGUUGGAAUAUAUUUGUUAACCAAACUAAUUGCCAUCUUAUUGUGCGAGAACAAGGCGGCUGAAUCCUGUGCUGAUGGGGAAAUGCAAGUCAGCCCUGCAUCCAUAAUUAGAUUUGGAUCAAGCAUUAACGUAUCAUGUAUAUUAAAGGGGUCAAUCUGCAAUGAAUGUACAGCUCCACAGCUAUGUAUUAUUCAAGACAACACCAUACCGCUACAUACUGUACAGAUCCUCACCAAUGCAGUUAUUGCGCACAUUCCAAAGUUUACAAACGAUAAGUCCAGUUUUGCCUGUAAGCUUUGCAAUACGGAACACUUGAUUUGCGGAAUUGAUAUUAAAGCUGGCUAUCCUCCAGAUCAGCCCCAAAACUUGAAAUGCAUUCAAAAUGGAAGAGAAGGUGAUGUAUCAUGCAGCUGGUUUAUAGGACGCAUCAUGCACAUCAGUACAAAUCAUAUAUUGUGGUUCAAAAAUGAGUCACACAGUUUCUUUGCAUCAAAAACCUCUGCAACGUUGUCAACUGGAAAUUGCACAAAGCAGAAGAAGACUUUAGAGGUCCAAAGGCUGCUGCACUUUGCAAGUGAAUCUGGGCAUGUUUUCAACCCAUCCUCGGUUUAUUCAGCUUGGGUAACUGCUUCAAAUCAACUAGGGAAUCGAACUUCAGCAGUCAUAAACUUCACCUUGGAUGAGAUCGUGACACCCAAUCCUCCCUGUAUCAGAAAGGUAGAAUUUAGCAGCAGCUCACAGCUAAUUGGUACAAUAUAUUGGCAAGACCAUCAGAACACAAAGUUGUUUGAAAUCCGAUAUCAAAGUACCAACAGUCAAUGGGAAAAGAAAUUCUUAAUCAAUUUUACACAUUGCGAUGUGUUUGAUUUGGAGCAUUACACAGAAUAUGAGUUCCAGGUUCGCUCUAAGUUUGAUCAGUUCCAAGGACAAUGGAGUGAGUGGAGCCCUUCCUUUGUAAGCAAGACACCAGAGGCAGUUCCCACAGGGCAACUGGAUGUCUGGUACACAACAGAUCUGUCAGAUACCAACCAUCUGCAAGUCACACUUAUGUGGAAACCCCUCAAGAUGCUUGAAAGCAGAGGAAGAAUCCUGGGUUACAAUAUAACACUUCAGAAAAGCACAGAGAAAAACACAACUAUUUGGGAACAGACAUCAAACACCUGGCAUAUUAUUGAAAUCCCCAGGACAGACUGUACCAUUACAGUGUCUGCUUAUAACUCCAAGGGAAACUCUCCACCUACUCAACUCCAUGUGUCGUAUCUCACAGAUCUUCCUGCACCAAGAAAUAUCUCAGCUACGUACGCUGGAAACAACCAGUUCUUAGUCAAGUGGAUGGAGCCUGAAAAACAUCUCCGAAGAACUCCAAUCCAAGGAUAUGUAGUGGAAUGGGCAGAUAUCAAUAGCAAAGAUCAUCUGAAAAUAAAUUGGAAGAAGCUUUCUCCUCAAAAUCAUUCAGCAACAUUAACAGAAAAUAUAAAGCCCAAGGCUUGCUUUCAGAUUUCUGUUUAUGCCAUUUAUGAAAGUGGGGCCGGAAGACCACUGUCAACUCAAAGCUAUUCAGCACAAGAAGCAGCACCAAUGUCAGGACCUAUAGCCUUCACCAAGCACAACACUGCUGUAAUAUUCUGGAAGAAUGUUCCACAUGACCAGAAAGAAGGUUGCAUAGAGAGCUACACCAUCUACUUGCGGGAUGAAAAUUCUGAGCUACCCCCUUCAAUUUAUCGGUCUAUUGACCCAAACAGCAAGAAUUACACAAUCCCAAACUUGAAACCUGGAACAGGAUAUAUUGUGUGGAUGACAGCAGUAACUAGAGCUGGUGAAGGGAAAAAUGGAGAACAUCACAGGUUUUAUUACAGCCGUGAAAGUAUUCCUCCACACUCUGAUGGCAAGUCUAUCAUAAUGGUGGUCGUUGCGUUAACAUUCUUAUUUGCUGUCGUAGCUUCUGGAUUUUGUUUAUGGCAAUCAGUGAGGAACAGGAUAUGGUCUAUAUUGUCGAAACUCUUAGCUCAACUAUAUGUAAGAAACAUUCCUGAUCCAGCUAAUUGCACUUGGGCAAAGGAAUAUACUGCAAUUAAGGGCAAGAUGGAUUUAUCAUACUCUGACUUCCAAAGUGAAUCAUCAUUAACUUAUGAAGAUCCUGAGACUCUGCAAGUAGAGGAAAUAUCACCAGAGCAGGAAUUCUGUUUCAAUAUGGAAAUUGUUGAUCCAGAUCAGUGUAGAUUUCAAUCACUAUUACCAAUUCAGUCCACAGCUACUGAAUUGCAACAGCAAAUGGAACUCAGCCAAGGAGAUCUCUCACCAAGGAACAGUGAAGAGAACAUUCUGGAUUACAAGUGCCAACUCCCUUGUUUAUAUAUUGAAGAGGUGCCCACAGUGGACAUUAACCAGCAUUCCGAUUCAAAUAAACCCACAAUAAACCAAAAUACCAGUUACAUUCCUUCCAACUUCCUACAUGUGAUGGACAAUGCAACAGAGAAUAAUGAUGAAAUUUUAGAAGAUUCAUUUUCAUUCAUGCCUCUUCCUUCCUUGGCUAGGAUGGAAAUCCCCUAUGGAGGGAAACUAACAUUAGAUGCAGUUAAGAUUGACUGCAGUUCGCUUGUGGAAUAA